GAGCGGGGGUCGCGCGGCUCCGGCGGCCCGGCCGGCGUUUCCGGAGAUUGCCGAGGGGCUUCGGCCCGUCCCUAGUCGCCGCCGAGCCUGUGACCGAGGCGCUCCGGUGGGUCGGAGCCUACCGCGCCCGCUGUUCUGGUCGCAGCGCAGGGCUCGUCCUCCUCCUUCUCCUCCGGCAGCGCCGGGCGUCGUGGUGACAGAGCGGGGUGAUCGCGGCGGAGGGCGGCCGGGGCUCCGGCGGCGCGGAUGGCGGAGGGCGGCCAGCCCCCGCAGCAGCAGCAGCAACCACAGCCGCAGCUCCUGGCCGCCGGUGGCGGCGGGGCCGCCCGCGGCGUGAAGCGGGAGCCGGAGCUGGAGCAGCCCAUGCCCGGUGGGGACAGCGCCGAGGGUGGCCACAGCAAGCGGCUGCGGACGGAGGCGGAGGCCGACGGCGGCGGCAUGCAGAACGAGCCUCUGACUUCAGGUUAUCAUGGAUACCCAGCAAGAGACAAUCAAGGUAACCAGGAGCCAGCAGCAACUCCUGAUGCAAUGGUGCAGCCAUUCACCACAAUCCCAUUUCCGCCACCCCCACAGAACGGGAUUCCCACAGAGUAUGGGGUGCCACACACUCAGGACUAUGCAGGCCAGACCAGCGAGCACAAUCUGACGCUCUACGGCAGCACGCAGCCGCAUGGAGAGCAGAGCACGAACACGGCCAGCACUCAGAACGGAUCUCUUGCACAGACAGAAGGAGGUGCACAGACAGAUGGACAGCAAUCACAGACACAGAGCAGUGAGAGUACCGAGAGCAAAUCUACUCCAAAACGACUCCAUGUGUCUAACAUUCCCUUCCGCUUUCGAGAUCCUGACCUCCGGCAGAUGUUUGGGCAAUUUGGAAAAAUCCUUGAUGUAGAGAUAAUCUUUAAUGAGCGUGGCUCGAAGGGAUUCGGGUUCGUAACUUUCGAGAAUAGUGCUGAUGCAGACAGGGCCAGGGAGAAAUUACACGGCACCGUGGUAGAGGGCCGUAAAAUCGAGGUUAACAACGCUACUGCACGAGUGAUGACCAAUAAGAAGAUGGUCACACCUUAUGCAAAUGGUUGGAAGUUGAGUCCUGUGGUUGGAGCGGUGUACGGCCCUGAGUUAUAUGCAGCAUCCAGCUUUCAAGCAGAUGUCUCGCUGGGCAAUGACGCCGCAGUGCCCCUGUCAGGAAGGGGGGGUAUUAACACUUACAUUCCUUUAAUCAUUCCAGGCUUCCCCUACCCAACUGCAGCCACCACAGCAGCCGCAUUUCGGGGAGCGCAUCUGAGGGGCCGAGGAAGGACAGUGUAUGGGGCAGUCCGGGCAGUACCUCCCACAGCCAUCCCUGCCUACCCAGGUGUGGUUUACCAGGACGGAUUUUACGGUGCUGACCUCUAUUUGACUGAAGAAAUGUUAACAUCCCGCUCUAAAUCUCUCAGUGGAGUCUCUGUUCCCUUCUCUGAUAUAACAGAUGGGGUGGAUAUGCAGCCUACAGAUAUGCACAGCCUGCUACUGCAACAGCAGCCACAGCCGCUGCAGCCGCUGCAGCAGCUUACAGCGAUGGUUAUGGCAGGGUGUACACAGCAGAUCCUUACCAUGCCCUUGCACCUGCCGCUAGCUACGGAGUUGGCGCUGUGGCGAGUUUAUACCGAGGUGGCUACAGCCGAUUUGCCCCCUACUGAAGUGACGUGAGCCCCCUGCAAGUGGGACAGCCCCCCCAGUUCAUGAGGCCUGGCUAUUGCAAUAUUUACUAGUAGAGGAACUCUAUAGCAAGAUGAGGAGGAAAAAAAAAACAACAAAAAAAACAAACAAAAAACCACAAACAAACAAAAAAAAAAAAACAACAAAAAAGAGAAAAUACUUUUUUAUACCUCACUAUGUUCUUUGAAUAUGUAUUUUUUUUUUCUCCCUUUAAAUUUCUGCCUUUAAUUCUUUUGUUCCAAAGAUUGUGCUUUU